CAUUUAUGGACGGCCCCUAUGUUACCCCCUGGAAAGUGGUAGCGAAUUACUCUUCUGUUAUCAGAGUUUAUCCGCCCCAUGAUCAUUCUUAUCAGCAGCAUCAGAUUCUGCUUUAUCGCCGCCACCAUCAUCAAGUCGCGACAGGAGAUCUCGGGCCAUCGCGGAUGAUGUCUGAGUCUCUACCAGUUCCGGGUGAAAUCCUCCAAACCUGUCAACCCAUACGGUUUAGCCCGUAUUCUUGUCCGUGGGAAUUUAGUUUUCAGGUCCACACGGCGUACAGCCGUUUCAAAACCGGCAAAAAACUGUCUUUUUGUCAAUUUGUUUGUGUUUCUCCCUUGUAAUGGCACUUUGUAGGAUGAACUUUGAGAUUUAUAAGCGCACGGGGUGACCAAUAGAGUUGGAAUUGGUCUGUAAUAAGAUGGGCACCGAUAAGGGGGUUGACAGGUAUGACCCUCAUCCGUGCUACUUGUCCCGCGAAUGACAGAAUUCCCUGUGGAUAGGUUCUGGCAGCAAAUAGAAUAGUCCCGCGGAUAAUAAAUACUAACGAUGAUUUUUUGUUUGAAUGCAAGUGCAUCUCAAGACGUAAUGAUACCCAUAAUGCCAUUUUAACCGAGGAAUGCUGUACCCAGUCGAUAGUCUUUUUUCAGAAGGGCCCUUCAUUGGUUUCUUUGGACAAUUGCAUCAAUAAUUGUUUAGCAUAUAUAAGGAAAGCGGGGCACCCAUAGAUAUUGCACCCAUGACAAGGGUGGAACAAUCAUUAAAGCAUCAAUUGCUGCACUUCCAUCUGGCCAUGUCACAGCCCAAGCCUAAACCAAGGCAGUCACCCAUCCAAGUACUAACCAGGCCCAACUCUGCUUGCCUUCCAGGAUCCAACCAGAUCAGGCGCAACCGGUUGUAGGCAACUAUGCAGAAUGUACCGUCUAUAUAUCUCUUUAACAGGAACUAAAUAAGCUGUCCACGAGUUUUAAGCUUCGUUAGGCACAAUUUCACAAACAUGUUACAUCAGUUAUACCAAAAACAGAUUGUAUUAAUGAUAUUGUAGAUGAAACCAACAAUAUUUUUUUUCGUAACUGACCUAAUAUAUUCAUGAAAUUAAGACAUCUUAAUACAUUACGUGCAUUAUUUCAUAUCUUACUGACAUAUCAAAUAAAUUACAGCAAUGUUACUGUUUAGUAGUCACUUGUAAUUGAAUACAUUGACACGUUGGGGUAUUUUUGUUUUUGAUCCAGAUCAUAUGGUGGGAUUAUAUUCGGAAGCACUGAGAAAAAAGCUUGAGAGAAGGUGUGCAUCUCUACUGCUCACCUGUCACCCGGGAGCUUCUGCUUAGCAACUGGAGGUAUCGUUUCCUUGAACGGUUUACGGUGGCGAUUGAAGUGGACACUGCGACCCAGAUUUCCCUGAUGGAUGAUAAAACGAAACAAAAAACAGAUUUGGUGGUUACACUUCUUCCGGCGGGUCACUGCCCAGGCUCCGUCAUAUCGUUCUCUUUGCAGGUUCCUGUUUGAAGGGGACCAUGGGGCGGUGCUUUACACGGGUGAUUUCCGGCUGCCUCGUGGAGGGGUUUCCCGCAUGGGGGCUCUGCACUUAGCUGGCAGGAUUAAACGUAUCAAAAGCAUAUAUUUAGAUACCACAUUUUGUGACCCAAUGUGCUACUACAUUCCAAGCCGGGAAGAUUGUUUAAAAGGAAUUUUAAAUCUGGUCCGGGGAUGGAUUACACAAAGCCCCCAACAUGUGAUCUGGCUGAACUGCAAGGCAGCCUAUGGCUAUGAAUACCUCUUCACUCACUUGAGCCGAGAGUUUGGUCAAAAGGUGCACCUGGGGUACCUGGAGAUGUUUCAGAACAUGCCUGAUAUUUUGGAUCAUGUGACUCAUGACAGCAAUACUCAGAUCCACGCCUGCCGUAUUCCAAAGGAUGCUGGGAUUUGUGAAGGACGCCGUCUCCCGUGCAGAGAAAAAGAUGCCAAAGGAAAGCCACUUCACAUGAUGAGCAUCAAACCUUCAACCAUGUGGUUCACACAGAGAAGCAAGAAAACCAAAAUCAUCGUGAGGACUGGGGAAUCAUCAUACAGAGCUUGCUUUUCAUUCCACUCUUCCUUCAGCGAGAUAGAAGACUUCAUAUCCUACAUUAAGCCUGCCAACAUUUUUCCAAACGUCAUUCCAAAGGGCAAAACUGUGGAAGAUAUCAAAGAGAUGCUACGAUCGUACUGCUAUCAAGAGCCGAAUUCCGCAGAGUCAGAUUACCAGCCACUAGGAUCUCUGGAGUGUGCAAAAAGAUCUAUCAGUGAUGCAGAAAGUUGCCUCCUGGAUCUUUUUGAUGAUACGCCAGAGCCACCUGCCCGUCGAAAAAAAGUACAGAAUGCUGAUGAACCUCCCUGCAGCACACCCAGUAAAAAUGCAGACAGCACUGGAAGACAGGCAAAUGGAACCUGCAAUGAAAUAUCGACCAAGGAGCACACCUCUGUUGUCCAAAACGACGAUGCUGACUGCAAAGACGCAAGCAACAAUAUUGCAACAAUCAGUCCCGAACUUACUUGGGGUGCCUUCUUUUCCACAGCUGCUGCUCCUGCUGCUGUUGCUGCUGUUGCUGAGAGUGAUAGUGGUUGCUGUCAAUAUGCAGACACCAUGGACAACCCUGGCACCCCUGUACUAUUUUCAGACUCGGACACAGAUGAUUGUGCAAGCAGCUGUAAACAAUGCUCCCAACAAUCUGAUUCUACACACAUUUCCGAUGUGACGGAAACAGAAAUUUUAAGUUCUCAAGAUUUCAACUUCACUAGUGUUCGUCCUCAAAGUGAAGGAAUAACCCAAAUGCAAGCUAUGCAUUCAGGAACACAUUUCGAUAUUCCAUUAGACCACAGUGCAAUGGCAUUGCUUGCUAAGUCAGAUAUUGAGGAUAUCAAAUGUGGAAAUGUUAAAUUAUCAGAAACUAAACAGUUGUGUACAACGAGAAAUAAUGGUCUAACAGAAAUAUUACCACCUGAAAAUAGUCAAGGCUGCAUGGAGCAUACAAACAUCGCCAGCAAAGACUGUGUGUGUGGAAAGAGCUCUGUGCCACAAGACUCGCAGGGAUCAUCAGACUUUGAGAUCUCUGCCACACCAGAGACCCUUCCUCCACCUGAACGUGAAUUAUUAGACAUUUACUUAAAUCUAGCAAAUGGGUCACACAAUUCAUGGUGAAAAUGUGUUUUGAAAAAUGAAUGUAUUAUAGUAAUCCAUGUCAAAACAUAUCCUGCUGUAGGUAUUUGGCAUUUUUAACGAACCUUAUACAUAUCCACAUUUUUCAAGAUAGUGUAGACAUUUUAUAUUGAUUUUAAGUCUGACUGAAGAUGUACAAAAAGUGUUUAUCUACGACCUGUUUUUUCCGAGUUAUGGGCGUGGAACAAAAAACGCUUGAGGACUGCAAAAUUCAAAACCCGAGAAGCCUAAUAAAUCACUUGUGUACAUCGUAAAUAAACAUGUUUUGCUGCUAGUAGGAAGGCCCGGCCAUCAGUCUACCAACAGGCAUCCCAACAACAGGCAUCCUUAGCAAUGGCUGGAGUCGGAGAGCAUCAGGGAGCACAGUGGGAGGUCCCGGACAGUCUGCAUGGGAGGCUGGGAUAUAGUUGGGAGUGAGCGAAUGAAUGAGUGUUAUGAGGUAAGAAUGAAAAUGAUGGGAAGGAUACGUUUUACCUGAAACACUUUUUUUAAAAUCUAAAACAAAUCUGUGUAUAUGUACACCAAAGGACUUAUGUACAUUGCAUAAUCAAAUGUUCUGCUGAGUAAAUCUGUGAAGAGUGGCAGAAUUGCGUCGGUGAAUGAGUGAAGGAGGGAGUAAUGAGUAAGUGAAUGAGAGUAAGGAAAAUCCAUCAAUUAUACAAUGGGUUUUGUGUUGUGUAGUAUUGUGUUCAGUCGCGCAGUUAAAUAGUGUAGUGUACAGAAGUGGUGUAGUCUGUAUCAUAGUGGGGUAAUGUAAAGUAAUACAGUAGUAUGGUGUGGUGCCAUGCAUUCAUGUCGUGGUGUGGUGUUUGGUGGAGCGCAGUUGGAGAUGAAGGUGUCGUUUCGUGGAUCUGUGGUAUGGUGUCCAGCUUAAUGGUGUAAGGGUGUGUACUGGAAUGUUGUGCAUUCAUGCAGUGGUCUGGUGCGUGGUUGUAAUAUAUAUUAAAAAUCUUGAUGUUGUUA